AUGGCAGCCUUUUCAUCAUUUGAGCAGCACCACCCUUUUUCCCUUGACUCAUCGGUGUUCCUACUGCCAAACACAAACACGCCCUUCCCCAUUACUAAUAACUUUGACGAGCCAAACAAUCCCUUGUCCCCAAUUCCCCUUUUUUACCAACUUCAGGAAAAAAGCCCCAAAAAUCAUAAUAACAGUACUGCUACUGUUGACGACUCCUCCAUACUCACUCACCAUUUUUAUGGCUCUCACCAUAAACUAAUCACUCAAAAGGUGAAUAAUCUCAAUAUGGACGACAACAAGAAGAGGAAAUCCAAGGAGGGCUCUUCUACAAAUUCUGCUCAAUCCAAGGAAGCUCCAAAAGGAUACAUCCAUGUGAGGGCUAGGAGGGGCCAGGCCACAGAUAGCCAUAGCCUUGCUGAAAGGGUGAGAAGGGAGAAAAUAAGCGAAAGAAUGAAGCUGCUACAGGCUAUUGUACCUGGUUGUGACAAGUUUCUGUCAAUGAAACUUGCAUCUGUGAAUCCCAUGUAUUAUGACUUUGGUAUGGACUUGGACUCAUUCAUGGUGAGGCCUGAUCAGGAGUUGAACAACAUGGGCUCACCACGUGGCACCACAACAGCUACCUAUCCUCUCCUCGACAAUACUGUUAAUUCUUUUAUGUUCCAACAAGCCCAAACUCAAAAUAUUCUUCCUCAGGGAAGCAGACAGGCCUUGUGGGAAGUGGAGGAGCUUAGACAAAAAAACAUAAAGCAGUCAGGAACUGAACAACAGCCUGUUUUCUUCCCAUUAAUAUGAGUUCCCAGCAUCUGCCCUACAAGCAUCUGGUGCUCAAGUCCAAUUCAGCUGAUGAAUAAAGAGGCAUAAAUAAGUAUAUACAAGGAAAAUCAAUGGACACACUUAGAGUAAAAUGUUUUCUAGCAGACCAAACAAGACCAUAUCUUUGUCAGAUCCUUUACAUUGUUCCUUCCUCCCUAAAUUUCAGUCCAUAUGUAUAUUGCAGAACAAAUUCCUGCAGCCCACUUAUAAUAUGUUUGUGGUGGUUAUUAGCCAAAAAUAGAUAUAUUGCUCAACGAAAAGAAACAUUUCAAUUUUACUGUAGGGUUCUUCUUUGUCUGUGCAUUUGAUUUAUCGAAACUCUUAAUAACUACAAUUGAUGUUAUGUUUGACUAGUACGAAUUCCGUGCGAUGUACGAG